AUGCACACCUCUCGUCCGCGUGGAAUUUGCCUUCUGAUAAACAACGUUCCAACCUUAGUGGUGGGAGAAGAGAAGCUCAAGGACCUGUUCGAGUUCCUUUCCUUUGACGUACUGAUCAAAAGAGGUCUUCAAAGAGACGAGAUCUAUAGUUUAGCUGAGGAAUUUGCAAAGAGAGAUCAUACUCACUUUGACACAUUUGUUGUUAUUUUCAUGUCUGUUUGUGGACGAUGCAGUGAAAUAUCUUGUGCUGAUGGUAGAAACGCGAGCCUUGAGCAUAUUAUGGAGGAGUUCAGAGCAUCAAGGUGUCCCUCCCUCCGGGGUAAACCCAAGUUAUUUUUUGUUCAGCGUUUUAGAGGGACAUCUUCAAGGGUCAACAACGAGUGCUUAUUCUUCGAGUCCGGGAGCUUUGCAGAAAAGGAUGCCAUGAGGAUGCCUUGCAUCCCCGCCAGCGAGAGAGACAGCUGCCCCGAAGAAGCCGACUUUCUGCUAGUGGGUGUGACUUCUACAUAUCCAGUUGAUCAACCCAUCAGAGAACCAGAGUCUUUGUUUAUUCAGAUCUUGGACCAGGUCAUAAGAAGUUCCUAUCAAAUGUACCAUCUGCUUGAUAUGUUGACGAUGGCAAACAAACAGAUGAUGGAUAAACAGAAUGACCUACCAAACAUUGGAAUGCCAUAUCGGAACCACACACUGAGAGCAAGAGUGUGUUUAGCUGUGCCCCAACAGGCUAGCUAUGAAAUGAACAAGAAUCCUCGAGGAUUGUGCGUCAUCGUGAAUAACGUCGACUUCCAGAACAAGGACCUGAAUCGACCAGGAGCCGACAAAGACGAACGUAGCCUCCAACUUCUAUUCAAGACGCUUCUCUUUGAAGUGAUUAUCCGGAGAGAUUUGACGAAACACGAGUUGGAGAAAGUGGCACAGGAUUUUGGAGAAGCAAAUCACGAAGCGUAUAACGCGUUUGUAUUCAUCGUCAUGUCGCAUGGAGGAGAUCGCGAUUGCAUCUUGGGAGUCGACGGGAGGGAGACAACCGUGAAGAAUUUGAUGUCCGAGUUCCGUGAGAACAAGUGUCCGUCACUUAAGCAUAAACCCAAAGUAUUCAUCAUCCAAACUUGCAGAGGAUGUCAAGAAGACGCUGAUAAUUCAAUGCCCUCAUCUGCUAAUGAUAUCAGUUUACAGGUGGUUACAACGUCGUCACGGGAACAGAAAAGCUCCCAGCCAUGUGGUACUGCAUUCAGUACUGACUCCACCCUCCCACGGAGCGUGCUUCCACCGGAAGCUGACUUUGUCUUGGCCUUCGCCACCGCGCCCGGUUACGUAUCAUAUCGAGAUCCGCAUCAUGGCGCCUGGUUCAUACAGGAUUUAGUCGAAGUGAUCAACAAAUAUCAUCGUCGUCAUCACUUCCUUGAGAUCUUAACGGAAGUCACUAGACUGGUGGUGAAGCGUGGUAACUCUGUCCAGGUUCCCGCCCCUAUGGAUACCUUAACUAAAUUUCUGUACUUGUGAGAGGGGACUGAGCCGAGUAAUUUACUGUUAACUGCUCCUACGGAUACCUUGACUAAAUUUCUGUACUUGUGAGAGAGGAGUGAGCCGAGCGAUUUAUUUUUAACCAUGGCGUCGUUUAUACUGUUAUUAUGUUAGAGAUUUAGAACGAAAAUUAUCGAAUAGUUCAAUGCUUGUGGACACGAUUGUUACCCAAUAAGUGAAGAUGCCUCAUCCUUUCUUGAAUCAA